UUAGCCGUACUAUUGAAGCAAUCAAUCCUGGUACAAAAAAUGCUCUGGUUAGUAUACACCAGAUUAAUUUUCGCAAUUUUUGGCUUUGGAAGAGUUCUCGCAGAUGAAUGCGGCCAACGGACGGCACUGACGCGCCAGUUAGUGCAUUUUGGUAAUCAAUCUCGAUUGGGGGAAUGGCCCUGGCAUGCUGGCCUGUUUCACAGGAUGAACCGAGCCUCCCCAAGUUACGCCUGCGGGGGAACCAUUCUGUCAAAAAACUACGUUAUCACGGCAGCUCAUUGUACAUACCCGGAGUCUAGGGUACGACCACUUUUAGCGUCAGAAAUAUUAGUUCGAACUGGAAUCGCCAACAUACAACAGUUGGAGCAUUCACUUCAGCAGUUUUCAGUCGCUGAGAUUGUGCGACACGAUGAGUACAACACCGAUACUCUCGACAGUGAUAUCGCAUUACUUAAGUUGGCGGGCGAGUUGGAGUUCACGGAUUAUGUGAAACGGAUUUGCUACUGGCAGGGCGGUGAUGGAGAGGAGCUGAUCAUAGGAAAAGAAGGAGUUAUUGCUGGAUGGGGAAAGGAUGAGAACGAAGCCCUACCGGAUAUGUUACAACAUGCGGUAAUGCCGAUAGUUUCCAGAAAGGCAUGUCGUGACAGUGAUCCCGGUCACUAUACGAGGUUCUUGUACGAUAGGAAGACAUUUUGUGCAGGCUAUCGUAAUGGAACAUCUGCCGGGCCGGGAGAUAGCGGUGGAGGUUUGUAUAUUGAAAUAGAAGGAAAGUGGCGUCUACGGGGAAUUGUGAGCAACGGUAAAAUAAACCCCGUCACGCGUUCAUUGGAUACGAAAAGUUACGUUGUGUUCACUGAUGUGGCAUACUAUAUGCCAUGGAUCAACCAGAAAGUUUCCCUGAUCAAUGGAUCUGAUUAUGAAAGUUCGACAAACCAACAUUUUGCCCUAUGUGGGAAGAAUAAACAAACACAAUUCUCGCGCACCGGAUUCAAGGAAGAAAGAAAGUGGCCUUGGCAGGGUGAAGUUUAUAAAAAUGGAAAGCCACCUACUAGGCUUUGUGAAGUGGCAAUUAUUAGCAAUCUGUUUGUACUAUCCCCCGCUGAAGUUUACAGCGACAAUGAUGUGCUGAAUCCAUCACAACUACUGAUAAUUUUCAAAGUGAUAAGAAAUUUCGAAGGCAAGGCAUUUCACUAUAUGCAAGUGAGGAAAAUAAUUCGUCAUGAAAACUUUAAUAGACAGGCAAGGAAGAAUAAUAUUGCUCUCCUACAGUUGAAAGAUUCCUUGCAAUUUUCUGAACUCCUACGCCCAAUUUGUCUCUGGGGGUCGGACCCUCCCGGAUUCGAAAUUUCAAAGACAUCCGGAUAUCUUGGAGAGUUCAACGAUCUAAUUGCGCCCCACGAUGAAUGCGUUAAGAUCUACAAGAUGCCUCAGUCUUCACUAGACGAACAUUCAUUAUGUAUUACCAUAUCGGUUUAUCAGUUCAGAACCACAUUAGGAGAUACUCUAUUCCUGAAAUUUAAUGAUUCCUGGUAUCUUCGUGGCAUCUCCUUCAACAUGGUAAAGCGGGACUAUGUCUACUAUGUUCUGCUAUUGGAUGUUGCAUACUACAAAGAUUGGAUUGAAAGAAAUUCACUAACUCCAUCUCAAAAUCUGCUCGCACUUUCAAGUUGCUCAAAUGCAUCACCAGACCAGUGGCUGCAUAAUAUCCUAAACAAUUACGUGUUACAGUGCUUUGCUGCCUUGAUAUCACCAACACUGUUAGUGACAACAGCUUCCUGUGUCGAAGGAGUAUCCAUUGAAAAAUUAUCAGUUGGAAUAUCAUCAAAGGUGAGUAAGGUCUAUCAGCAUCCCGCCUUCAACAAGCUUGAGUUAUCCAACAAUAUCGCCAUAGUAAAAGUGGAACAACCUCUAGAAAAUUCGCCGAUUUGUCUUCCAAGAAUUACCAAUAUCAACUCCAACCUAGAUUUGCAACAUCGCCAUUGGCAGCCGGUAGUCGAAUUCAAUGAUAUUUUCUCAGUCAACUUCACAUCAUCCAACGUUCGAUCGUGUGCUAAACGAUGGCAGCGGGAAGGGGCCAAAGUGGACACCAGCGGUGGUCACAUCUGCGGUCAAAUGUUGGGCUUCGAGAAAGGGCCGAAGUAUCAAUGCAAUACCAAUCUGCAUGGUUCACCGUUAGUGAUGGAAUCCGGUAGCAAUGUAUUUCUUCGAGGAAUUCUCGAUAUUGGUAAGGGUAAUCAUUGCGAGUUGAAUGACCUUCCGGAGGUUUAUAUCGAUGUGAUGUUCUACUCGGAGUGGAUAACCGAGAUUGAAAAGGCGAACCGUAUGGGUUCGAACCCGGUUCCAGCGGCUGUAAACGCAGAAGUGAAAAGAGAAGAAUGGAGGACCGGUAAAUAAAUUGUUAGUAAAUGCUUUGUUAGUGAAAUACGUAUUUUUGCGAAAUAUAUAUUUUCUUUUCGUGAAA